AUGCGGGGCAGCCUUGUCAAGCCCGCCAGAAAUUAUUCAGCGUGCUACCCGCUUUCAGAAACCGAACACCCCCCAACGCCAACAUUCCUUCCUUGCUGGCGUGGCGUGUUUCCCCUCUUUGCUGCUGCGUAUAGAGGAGAGGCAAUUUGCAUCUCCACGCUUGGGACCUCUGCUGCCCUCUGCCGCAAAUCGGACCUGUCCUUUGCACCGUUGGCAAUCGGGCUGAGUCAGCGCACUCGUCGCAAUGAAUGCCCCCUGCACCGCUGGCUUCUUGGCGUUCAUGCAUCUGGUGGUGCUGUCGCCGUCAGCCACAUCCUCCUGCUCCAGGGCCCGGUGUGGUCCCUGACGGUCCCUCUCGUAGGUGUGCAUGAGCUCCUUUCUUGCUCUGCCUUACCUGCCACUCUGUGGUGUGCUGGCUCUCUCCCUCUCACGACGUGUCUCCCUCGACGCCUCGUGCUAUGUUCUGUGGACCGUGCUGGGCCCUCACGCCCUCCCUCGGUUGGAAACCAUGCCGGCGUUUGCGCCCUCAAGCGCUUACGCCGCGCCUCUCUGGACGGGCCCUCAAGCCCGAUCCAGUUGAUCGUGUCGCUCGCGCUUCGAUCGCCCCGCCCUGGUCUGCUUCCCCCUCCUUUUCCUCUGUUUUGGCUUUCGUCGCGUCUGCCUCUUUCUCCCUUUCUCGUUCCUUUUCUGUGUCCUUGCACGAUGGACUCUCAGAUGAUGCUCGAUGUUGACCUUGACGUCUCUGAUCAUGCGCUAGAAGAAUUCUUUGCAGAGAGCGAAGAACUUCAGUCUAAACGCCCUCGUGACGACGACUCUUCCUCUGCUUUCUCCCACCCCCCCAAGCGUGCCUCCUCUCCCGCCCCUAGUGCAGUGAUGGCGGAUCCGAUGCAAGCUGAGCCUGAGGUCCCGCCGCCUCGUCCUGCUGCCUCUCUUCCGCCACGAGCCCCUCUGCCCUCUCGUCCGAGUGGCGGUACCCGCGCGGCGGUGUCGUCUCCGGCGUUGGGUGCGAUUGGCGCCCAGCAGGAAACUGAGUCUUCGGCAGACGCGCCGUUCCCUCCCCCCCCUCCGACAUCUGCCCCUGUCACCUCCGCUCCUGUCCCUGCUCCUGUUACCCGUGCUGCGGCUCUGCGUGCACGUAACGCCCUUCUGCGCCGUUACACUGACGCUGUCCUCGAGUCUGUCACCAGGGAUCCGGCGCUCACUGUCACCAUUCUGAUGGAAGAGAAGUUCGCAGCGGAAAAGCUUCGGUCUGCGAUUCAUCUGGCGAUCAUGGCGAAAUUUCGCGACGAACAGUUCCCCGGUGGCGUGAUCCCCCUCUACGAGACCUCUUCUGGCGAUCUGCUUAAGCUGCCUCGUGCUUCCUAUGGUCGGCAGCUCUACGCCUGGCCGACCGCCGCCGAUGCUCGUGUCUUCCGCGACUCUUUCCCCAUGCGUGUGCGCCUCGCUGACGGGCAAUUUGUUGAGCUUCGUGUUUUUCAGGAGACGUCUCCUGGCUUCGCCUCAGCGAAAGCACAGGGUGCGACGACGAUCCUGGUCCGUAACCUUCCGGAUAACUGUGACAUCGCCCGCGUGCGUGCUAAGCUUCUUUCUGGCAGGACCGGCGGGCACAAGUGGCUGGCCACGCUGGAGCAUUUUCAUCGUGUGAAAAAUCCGUUUACGGGUUUCGAUCUGCCUCAGUUCGCCGGAAUCGUCACGCCGGUCACUGGUGAUCCGGACUUCGCUUUCCUCCCCCUUGUCCUGCUUCCCCCUAACCCUCUCCUGGGCGAUCCCAUGUAUGUGCACCUGUCGUGCCAUACCUGCGCCAUCUGCGCCAGCAACCAUCGCACCAAUGAUCACGAGGUUACGCCUCUUGUUUCUGGUUCGCUUCUCUUCUGCAUGGUCUGCUCUUUGCCCCCUUCCCCCCUUUACGUACCUUCCGGCUCUGCUUGGCUGGAUGGUCGUCUAUCCUGGGCGCUGGGCCCCGGUCAGAAUCUUGGACAGACGCCGGCAAUCAUGGCCUUCCGUGCGGAUCCUGGUCUCCUGCUCAUCGGCAUGGAGUACGCUGUGGAGCCCUGGACCUGCUCCCUCUGUGAUUUCGUCUGUGGCCCAGCGUUGGAUAGCGCCCUGGACCAUCUCCGCUCGGCGGAGCACGUCUCCAAGCUCAACAGCCCGGAGGGUGUGGUGGUUCCCCGCCUCGCCCAAGGGAACCAGAAAGCGGCGCGACUGGUGCAGCACCCUACUGUCGCCGCCUUCCUGGCAUCUCAGGCCAUGGCCUCUGAGGAGUAG